AUGAAGGCUCGAUUCGCUUUGGCAGCGUCCCUGCCGCUAGCCGUGACGGCAUCGGCUGUCGUCAACCAGACUGUCUGUGGAGGCACCACCUACUCCUACUUGGGCCUGGCUGGGUAUGGCUACAUCCCAUCCAGCUUCCGGGACAAGUACGGAGAUACCAUGGGUGGUUGGGGAAGUGCUGCCGCCAUCGAGCAAGACUCGUGGCGCAGGACGGGCGAACUCACCUACGAGGGUAUCCUUUGGGUCUUGCCUGACCGUGGCUGGAAUACCAACGGAACUUUGAACUUCCAGAACCGCAUUCACAAGGUUGCCUUGGAGCUGGAGCUGGCGCCGCACGCGUCAUAUUCGAACCCCUCUAAGCCCAACCUGAAGCUCACCUACCUUGAUUCCAUUCUCUUUACCGACCCAGAUGGGGAGUACAUGACAGGUCUGGAUGCCGAUGUCACCGGCACUGCUCACUUUGAUGGAUUUCCGCCCCUCCCCGUUGCCACCUACGAGGGAGAUGGCUUUGGCAAUGCCGGUCCGGGAGGUAGACGGGUCUCCCUGGACUCCGAGGGCCUCUUCCUGGGCGACGACGGUUCGUUCUGGGUCUCAGAUGAGUAUGGCCCGUAUGUGUACAAGUUCGACAAGAACGGCAAGAUGGAGCUGGCUAUCCAGCCUCCCUCGGCCUUCCUCCCUCGCCGUAACGGGACUCUGAGCUUCAGCGCCGACUCCCCUCCCUUCUAUGAUCCGGAUGAGGUCAUUGACCCUGCUGACCCUGAAACCGGCCGCGAUAACAAUCAAGGCUUCGAGGGUCUUACCGUCUCCCCGGACGGAAGGACCCUGUACACCUUAAUUCAGUCCGCCCUCAACCAGGAAGGUGGGCUGAAGAAGGAGUAUCGGGAGAACGCCCGUCUACUGGAGUAUGACAUUUCCUCCGGCACGCCCGUCUACAAGACGGAACAUGUCGUCGUCCUGCCCAAGUACGACGACUACACCGCGACCAAGUCGUCCAAGAUCUAUAAGACGGCCGCGCAGUCCGAGAUCCACAUGCUCCCUAGCGGCGACUUCCUCGUCCUGGCUCGCGACUCUGGGUUCGGCCGUGGCCAGACCUACUCGCGGUCCGUGUACCGCCAUGCCGAUAUCUUCUCCAUCAACCGCACCGCCACCCAGAUCCAGUUCACGGAUUAUGACUACGCCAACGGAUCUAUUGCCUCCUCCAAGGGAGUUCUGGAUGACGGCAUCACCCCCGUCGAAUACUGCACAUUCCUCGACUACAACGAUCCGUUACAGCUCGCCAAGUUCGGCCUCCAUAACGGUGGCAACCAGAACCGCACUCUGCUGAACGAGAAAUGGGAGAGUCUGGUGGUCGUUGAGGCCGACCCGGACGCCUGCCCCGAUGAAAACGGCGAGAAGGAGUACUUCCUCUUCAGCUUCAGCGACAACGACUUCAUCACCCAGGACGGAUACAUGAACUUUGGUCAGAUGCAGUAUGCUGAUGCUUCGGGCUACAACCUCGACAACCAGGCGCUGGUGUUCAGCCUGAGGUUCUAA